AUGCAGUACACCCAUAUAUCUAAUCCCGCGCGCUUGGGUCAUGAGGCAAAGUCUGCGGCGGCUAUGUGUAUCAAGAAUCUCUCUCAGUGGGCCAUGGCCGUUGAAGAAAUUUGCACCUGGCCUGAGUACAGCCCCCAACCACUGCGAACGCUCCCCGGCUUCGCGCAGAAAGUGGGUGUCGAUCAGCUGUUCGUGAAAGAUGAAAGCAAGCGAUUCGGCUCCGACAUUGGCUCUUUCAAAGCACUGGGCGCGCCUUAUGCUGUCUACAUGAUUUUGUCCGAGGAAGUUUAUGCGAAGACUGGCGUGCGUCCCUCCUCGGCCGAACUUCGAACAUCCAAAUACCAUGACAUCACGCGUAAUGUCGUCGUAUGCGUUGCCACGGAUGGAAACCAGGGCCGCGGUCUCGCGUAUGGAGCGCAAGCUUUUGGCUGCCGUUGUGUCGACUAUAUCCAUGGUCAUGUCAGCGAUGGCCGGGCUGACCGGAUGAAAAACCUCGGCGCCGUGGUUAUCCGCGUCGAUGGGGAAUACGAAGCAUCCGUGGCACGCGCGAAGGAGGAUGCCCGUAUGAACGGGUGGUACUUUGUCAGUAGUACUUCUUGGUCCAACUUUGACAACGACGUACCUCAACAUGUUAUGAACGCCUAUAUGGUCGUCCUCGACGAGGCACUUAGCAUGAUCCCCGCGGUAGACAAAGUCACACAUGUCUUCGUGUGCGGCGGUGUAGGAAGCAUCGCCGCGGCAAUCUUUCAGGGAUUUUACAAACAUGUCUGCGAAAUUCAAAAAUCCUCCGCAGCAUCCGCCACGGUGACAAUGCCGCGAUUUAUUGUCGUGGAGCCAUCCGAGGCAGACUGCCUGUUACAGAGUGCCAAAAGCCAGGAGGCUCGCGAGUCUGAAGGAUCCUUGCGCACUCUUAUGGCCGGUCUUGCCUGUCGCACGCCAUCUCCUGCGGCCUUAAAAGUGCUCACCUGGCUUGCGAGUGACUUUAUAGCCGUCCCAGACUCUGUGGCGGUGGACGGUAUGAAAGCAUUGGCAUAUGGAGAAGAGGGUGAUAUCCCUGUAGUAUGCGGCGAGUCUUCAGCAGCCAGCAUGGGUAUCAUGCUGGGAUCAACCACGGAUCCAUCCUUGCGUGAAAAGCUUGGUUUGAAUAGUUCAAGCCAAGUCGUGCUGUUUGGGUUGGAAGGUGCUACCGAUCCAGAAAUUUAUGAGUCAUUGGUUGGGAAGUCAUCCCAGGCUGUCUUCGAAGCCCAGGAUGGCUUCGUUGUCCGCGACUAA